UCUUUGUUUAUGAAAGUGUUUUCAGCUUGAGGCAUAUUCAAACUAGCUAGCAAGAUAAGACUGAUUUACAGAUGAAACUUGAAUUUAAAUCUUGUGUUAAAGAUUAAAACACCUGAAUGAGCCCGACAGUUAUAUACUAUCAAUAUCUAAAGGUAACAUGUGACAGAAAAUUGAUCGAAGUGCACAGGAACAAAACUGUACUGGAUUUUAAUCAGGGAGGGCAGCCGCCAUUACUGUGUGAAGAGAGGUAAAGUCUUCACUAGGGCAUAGAGUCCUAGAAUCUGAUGAUGGAUCCCCGUACCAGUGCCCAGGACGUGAUGCGAUGUGACCUGUGUGAGACCGCCAUGGUACAGAUGCACUGUGAUACAUGCCUCGUCAACCUGUGUAAGGCCUGCGUGGGAGAACAUUUUUCAGCCGACCUCUCAAAGCCUCACAAAAUCAUUGACUUUAAGGACCGGAAAUCAACCCCCCUCUACCCUGGAUGUACUUUUCAUGACAAAGAACGAUGUGAAAUGUUUUGUAAACAAUGUCACAUUCCAGUCUGUAUUACUUGUGUUGCUUCAGAUCAACAUUUAGGUCAUAAAAUAUUGAAAAUAAUGCAAGUCUUGGUGGAAAAGAAAGAAAAGAUUGCCAAAGAGAAAAAUGAAUUAAAUGAAACAAUUUUUCCAACCUACCAGGACAUUGUAUCUGAUGUACAAAACAGAAUAAGUCAGUUAGAAAAGAAAUAUGGAGACCUCUCAACAGCCAUAACAAAACAUGGAGAGGACUGGCACAGGGAAAUUGACAAACUUGUCCAGAAACUGAAAGCUGACGUGGAGGAGAUGAAAACCACACAGUUACACACUCUACAGAAACAUCUGGAUGAAGUGAACAAGAAAAUCUCUGAUAUCAACAAUGAAAUCAGUUCAAUUGAUGCUGCUUUGGACUCUAAUGAUAUUUCUACAGUACUGAGUGUUAUGCCUGAUGUAGAUGAAUACAAAAAACUUCCACAGAACAUUCUGCCCUCUUUACCUAAAUUCACUCCUGGGAGAAUUCAGGCAGAGCUAUGUAAACUGUUUGGAACUUUAUCAUCAAUUUCUGUCCGAUCAGAAGAACAUGGUUACAGAAUAAAGACAACACAGAAAUCCCCAGAAGCUGCAUCCUCUCCUGUCAUCAAACAGCUGCUUGAUGAACCACAGACUGUCACCACCAUACACACUGAGUAUGGAAACCUUUACAAUGUGGCCUGUUUGAGUGAUGAAGAAAUCUGGACACGUGGAGAUAUCACAACCAUGAAACUCUACAGCAUCAAUCAGGGAUCACUACUCAAGUCAAUCACAACCAAUUCUGGGUACAAUCCAUGGGACAUAACAGUGACAAACAGUGGAGAUCUGGUUUAUACUGAUUUCUGGGAUAGAACUGUGAACAUUGUAAAGAAUGAAGAGAUACAGACUGUGAUCAGACUACAGAACUGGAAACCUCUUGGUGUCUGCAGUACCUCCUCUGAUGACCUCUUGGUUACCAUGGUCAGUGAUGGUGGGAAACAAUCCAAAGUUGUCCGUUACUCUGGCUCCAAAAAGAAACAAACCAUUCAGUUUGAUGAACAGGGUCAUCCUCUCUAUUCAUCUGGUAUUUUAAAUCACAAGUACAUAAUUGAAAACAGAAACCUGGAUAUCUGUGUGGAUGACAAUAGAGCUACAGCAGUAGUGGUGGUCAAUCCGGCCGGGAAACUGAGAUUCAGGUACACUGGACAUACUCCUGCUCCAAAGAACCAACCAUUCAAUCCACGAGGAAUCACCACAGACAGUCAGAGUCACAUUCUUACAACGGAUGAAAACAAUGACUGUGUCCACAUCAUAGACCAGGAUGGACAGUUCCUUCGUUACAUAGUCUGUGGACUGAGUGAACCCUGGGGACUGUGUAUAGAUACAAACGACAAUCUGUUUGUUGUUAAAUGUAGAAACAGACAAGUGAAGAAAAUCAAAUAUCAGCAGUGAAUUAAACAUUAAACAUGGCUGAUUUAGACAGCAGUGAAAUCAAACAUUAAACAUGGCUGAUUUAGACAGCAGUUAAAUUAAACAUGGCUGAUUUAGACAGCAGUGAAAUUAAACAUUAAACAUGGCUGAUUUAUACAGCAGUGAAAUUAAACAUUAAACAUGGCUGAUUUAGACAGCAGUGAAAUUAAACAUGGCUGAUUUAGACAGCAGUGAAAUUAAACAUUAAACAUGGUUGAUUUAGACAGCAGUGAAAUUAAACAUGGCUGAUUUAUACAGCAGUGAAAUUAAACAUUAAGCAUGGCUGAUUUAUACAGCAGUGAAAUUAAACAUGGCUGAUUUAGACAGCAGUGAAAUUAAACAUGGUUGAUUUAGACAGCAGUGAAAUUAAACAUUAAACAUGGUUGAUUUAGACAGCAGUGAAAUUAAACAUGGCUGAUUUAUACAGCAGUGAAAUUAAACAUUAAACAUGGUUGAUUUAGACAGCAGUGAAAUUAAACAUUGAACAUGGCUGAUUUAUACAGCAGUGAAAUUAAACUUUAAGCAUGGCUGAUUUAUACAGCAGUGAAAUUAAACAUUAAACAUGGCUGAUUUAUACAGCAGUGAAAUUAAACAUGGUUGAUUUAGACAGCAGUGAAAUUAAACAUUAAACAUGGCUGAUUUAGACAGCAGUGAAAUUAAACAUGGCUGAUUUAGACAGCAGUGAAAUUAAACAUUAAACAUGGCUGAUUUAGACAGCAGUGAAAUUAAACAUGGCUGAUUUAUACAGCAGUGAAAUUAAACAUUAAGCAUGGCUGAUUUAUACAGCAGUGAAAUUAAACAUGGCUGAUUUAGACAGCAGUGAAAUUAAACAUGGUUGAUUUAGACAGCAGUGAAAUUAAACAUGGCUGAUUUAUACAGCAGUGAAAUUAAACAUUAAACAUGGUUGAUUUAGACAGCAGUGAAAUUAAACAUUGAACAUGGCUGAUUUAUACAGCAGUGAAAUUAAACAUUAAGCAUGGCUGAUUUAUACAGCAGUGAAAUUAAACAUUAAACAUGGCUGAUUUAUACAGCAGUGAAAUUAAACAUGGUUGAUUUAGACAGCAGUGAAAUUAAACAUUAAACAUGGCUGAUUUAGACAGCAGUGAAAUUAAACAUGGCUGAUUUAGACAGCAGUGAAAUUAAACAUUAAACAUGGCUGAUUUAGACAGCAGUGAAAUUAAACAUGGCUGAUUUAUACAGCAGUGAAAUUAAACAUUAAGCAUGGCUGAUUUAUACAGCAGUGAAAUUAAACAUGGCUGAUUUAGACAGCAGUGAAAUUAAACAUGGUUGAUUUAGACAGCAGUGAAAUUAAACAUUAAACAUGGUUGAUUUAGACAGCAGUGAAAUUAAACAUGGCUGAUUUAUACAGCAGUGAAAUUAAACAUUAAACAUGGUUGAUUUAGACAGCAGUGAAAUUAAACAUUAAACAUGGCUGAUUUAUACAGCAGUGAAAUUAAACAUGGUUGAUUUAGACAGCAGUGAAAUUAAACUUUAAACAUGGUUGAUUUAGACAGCAGUGAAAUUAAACAUGGCUGAUUUAGACAGCAGUGAAAUUAAACAUUAAACAUGGCUGAUUUAGACAGCAGUGAAAUUAAACAUUAAACAUGGCUGAUUUAGACAGCAGUGAAAUUAAACAUUAAACAUGGCUGAUUUAGACAGCAGUGAAAAUAAAUAUUAAACAUGGAUGAUUUAGACAGCAGUGAAAUUAAACAUUAAGUAUGGCUGAUUUAGACAGCAGUGGAAUUAAACAUUAAACAUGGAUGAUUUAGAUACAGGAACAUGGUUGAUUUAGAUACAGGCACUAUAGUACCCAAAUAUACCCCUUGAAAACUGGGAGGAGAAAGAUUUCAUAAACCAUGCAAUUAUCUGAUUGGAACUUCAAGAUCUCAGAAACUUCUUCGGGGUUGCGUAUAUAAUCACAUUCAAGAGGGCUUUGUCCUAAGGCCAUUAGAAACCUUGACCUGGCCACCAGAACCCCAGUAUGAAUGUGUGCUAUCAUAUCUAAUGUACUGUCAAGGAUACGCUUAACUGUGGUAAAAGAAUUUAUAUAGAUGGGAGAAA